AUGGGAGAUUCGUUCCUUUUCUGGCUGUCUAGACGUGUCGUAUUGGGCAAGUCGGAGGCUCGGAGGCUCGGAGAAAGGAAGGAACUCUACACUGUACAACUCUACACAGUCUCGUAUGGGUUCGGUCCCGUCCAAUGCACACUUUCGAGUGUUACUUUCCCGGUCACUUACAGAAGGAAACUAUCUUACUCCCUCGAACCCAGCAUUGUCUGCUCGUCUGUUGUAAAGAGGAUGUGUGAAGCAUUGAUUGCAAAUAUGCUUCAAAAUACAACUUACAUAGAUUGCUCUCACCAACACGAGACUGAUACCUUCGAUUUGAAUCCUCCCAGGCACUCAGGAUUCCAGAUUUGGGUGGCGCGGGUGGAAAUAGCACCUGGGGGGCAGGGGUGGAGGGAAAAGCGAGAAAUUACCACGGUAAUACUGUUUAGAGAAGCGGUGGGGAAGAGUCAGCACAAGAAAGGAGGAAAGGAGGAGGACCUUCGAGGACGACGAGAUGAGGACGAGGAAGACGAGGCAAAGGACGGGAGGAGAGGGGAGGGGAAAGUGAGGUUAGUGGGAAAGGGUGGCCAGAGAGGGAGAGAGAGAGAGAGAGAGAGAGAGGGGGAGCGUCCUGGGGGGAGUGCGAGUGGGAAAGUUGGAGUGACAAAUCCGCGACGAGGAUUAGGAGCUUAUGAAUUGGAUCGAGGAGAAGUGGACCAGUUCCUUUUGAUCGGCGAAUCCACAAGAACGAGAAGUGUGCACUACAGAGGAGGGAGCGGGGAGGGGGAGGGGGAGGGCUCUGGCUGUCUGCGGGCGGAGAAGUGGAAAGGAGGAGGAUGGUGGUAG